ACUGGUCGGAAGGAUGGCGGUAAGCAACAUCGUGUGCGAGUGGUUGCGCGCCCUCGGGCUCGGCCAGUACGCGGAAAGCUUCCUCGACAAUGGAUACGACGAUCUGGAGAUCUGCAAGCAGGUCGGCGAUCCGGACCUGGACGCGAUCGGUGUACAGAAUCCGGCCCACCGGAGCAAGCUGCUCAAGAGUGUGCGGUUGCUGCGCGAGAAAGGUGCGGCCAGCGUGUACUUUCAGCUGAACGAUCCAAAGUCGCUGCUGUCGGACAACAGUGACAGCCUGGAGCGGGACAGUUCGCCGCUGAUGCUGAGCGAACUGGAGGCACUGUUGCAGGAGCAGCUAAAGGCGGACGGCGUUUGUCUGACGGCACAUCCGUACUCUACACCGGAUGGUACACGAGGCCACCUGGAGGGUCUUGCAUCUGUGUACUGCGAAAUGUUGCUGGCCCCGUUCGGUGAGGUCCUUGCGGCGCUGGAGGAAGCGCGACAGCGUGCCUGGUCGGAACGGAGUCCCCACAGUUCGUCCGGCGGUGGCGGAGGGUUGAUACGAGGUCACCGAGGUAAUUCGUGCCACGGCGGACUGCCCAACAGCCACAGUCAGCCAAUCUACGUGCCCGGCAAAUACUCGCCCUCCAGCUGUUUGUCCGAUAAGGAGGAGGACGAAAUUUAUGGAUUCGGGUACGGUGUGUUCGCUCCCCGGGUGGCCAGAACGACCCUCCAGUCGCAGCAAGCGCAGCAAGGGCCACAACAGCAACAGCCGCAACAACAGCAGCAGCAGCACCAGCAGCCACAACCCCAGCCACAACAAUCACAAAACUCCGCCAAUGUACCUGCCAACAGUGCUGCUGUUCAGCAAAGCUGCCUCAGCCCACGCUCAGCGUACUUCUAUGAAUUUCCCCCAACGGAUGGCCGAGAGACCAGCAAAAAGCGGACGACUCUGGCGAGGCUCUUGAGAGGACUAAAGACUGUAAAUAGGCGUGAUAGAUCGAAUCAAAACACCACCGGCGGCACUGCAACGCAGUCAAGGUCACAGAACGAAAGACUGAGACACUUCCAAAUGAAUGGCGGUGGACCGCAGCCAAGUUUCGAAGAAACCAUACAGAGGCUAAAAAUACAGGAAGCACUACGGAAGAAGGAAAAAUUUCAACGCGAACACGAAGAGAUACUACGAGACAUUCGGCAAGGUUUGCUGCAGCUGAGCAGAGACUCGAGAGACGACACGUACAUGUAUGACGAUGCGGUAACGAAUGUGAUGCGAAUGCCACAUCACCAAGGUCACUGGUACGAUGAGCCACCGUACGAGAGCGAUCCGGACGACUUCCUGAUGUCCGGCAUGCGACAAAUCGGUGCCGCCGGGUACGCGGGCGACGGUGGAGGAGGCGGUGGUGGGGAUAGUGGCGGAGGACCGAGUGCAACCAUACAGGGUGGUCGCGUCUGCUACAGCAAUGGCAGGGAAGGACAGAGUGUGAUAUCGUUGCGGUCCGCGGGUGACAUUUCCAUACCGCAGCGGGGCCCCCGGCGGGGCCUAAUUGUACCCCAGCAGCCACCAAACCCUCCAACCAUUAUACCCCUCAAACAUGCCCGAUCGCACGAUCGGGAAAGUGGCGAUUAUGCCGGCUCCAUAUCGGAUCUACACAGCGUUACCUCCCGGUUGAGUCAGGUUUCGAUCGGUAUGAAUAACUGUACGGCCCGCUAUCGAACGCUCAGUGCCGGGCUGGGUGACGAAUCACCAUCGCCAUCGCCCACACCAUCGUCCGAGUACGAUGACAUCCUGCAAGCGAACGCACUGCAGCUUCAGAAGCAUCUGCAUCACCAACAGCUGAAGCGGCUGGAUGGAGCGUGCGGUGGUGCGGGGGGCGUUCCGGGGCAACUGGGGUCAACAUCCGGACACAUCGGCAGUGCGGCAUCGUUGGCGGCGGCAGGAUCGUCAACAACAGCAGCAGUUGGCAUCGGUUCGGUGGGAAACACAUCCGGCACAGCCGUGGGUGGUAGUAUGGCACUUGCAUCCGGUGGUGCAUCCGGUGCCAAUCUGCCCGCGAUUCUGGGCGUAACGGGCGGCGGUGGCAGUAUCGGGGUGGACAUCAGUAGCGCGAGCACUAGCAACAGUACCACCACCACGAACGGCAGCGGUAACAGUAGCAGCAGUGCCAGCAGCAACAACAGCACCAGUACAAAAAACACCGUCAACAAUCUGAAAAGCCUCAAGGCGGCCAAAAACCGGAACAAUCUAUCGUCGUCACUGACGGCAGCCGCAUCGUCUGCGGCGGUCUCGCACAACAAUAAAAAUUUAAGCAUAAGUCAACAGAUAGCUUUAGUACAUCACUCUAAUGACGCUCGCACAUCACCAAAGGAUCAUCUGCUGUUCGGUGGAACGGAUCGAAACAAUCGCGACUACAGCAACUGCUUGGAUAGCAUCAGUGACCAAACGUUUCAACAUUCGGCCAGUUCGGUCGAAAGUUUGCCGAGUGCUUCCGGAUCGAGCACACAAGCCCUGGUUCGUCCUGGCAGUCCUCAUAGUUCCCUAUCGGCGGAAGAUCGUACCACAAUGUUGCCGAUCUGCAGAGCGAUCGCACUCGUCGAUAGUUGCCCGAGCCCGUACGAUAAGGAAGCUCUACGGUUUAAGAAAGGAGACAUCAUCGACGUGCUGUCCAUGAACGCGUCCGGUGUAUGGCGAGGUUAUGCGAACGGCCGGUUAGGACACUUUAAGUUCAUCAGCGUGGAGGUUCUGCCCGAUCUGCCGACAACGGGUUUGAAGGGCUAUGGUGGCAAGCUGGUGAGUCGGCACCGUUUACCCACAAGCUGCCCUACGAGCGUCGAGGAGCUGCUGCUUCGGAUCGGUCUGAAGGAGUACACAUCAGUGUUUGUGCUCAACGGGUACGAAGAUUUGGAACUAUUCAAGGAGUUGGAACCGUCCGAUUUGGAUUACCUCGGUAUUGGAAAUACGGAGCAUCGGGCAAAGAUACUGGCCGCCGUUCAGCUGCUUCACGACUUGGACUCAACGUCAGAUGGUGAUGUGGCCGGUUCCAGCUCGGAAAACGACGAUGGCUUGCGGUUAAACCACGUCAACUGUUCCAGCGGUCUCGGCGGUGGACUGAGCGGUGGUAGCGGCAGUACGACGCGAAGUAGCGGAGACCACCAAACGUCCCCGUUUGGCCGAAGGAGCUUUCCACGUGAUUCCGGAUGCUACGAAGGUUCGCCGGUGCCAUCAUCGCAAGGUUCGCACAAUGCCCACAACUCCUACCAGCAGCAACUGCACCAUCUUCAGCAACAGCAGCAGCAGCAACAUUCGCACAACAACGGGCCAGCGUUGCAGCAGUCGCAGCAGCAGCAACACACCAACAUGGCCACGCUAAUGACCGCGCAUCAUCAUCACCACCACCUGCACCAUCAUCUGUCCGACAACGAGACGAACAAUCUGGACUCGGUCGUUGCCCAGUGCUCGAAUGAAAUUCUGAAGCGUGUCGAGUCGGCCCGCCGCUUCAACGGUACGACCGAGCGCGGUUCGUCCAAAACCAUGAACAGCCGGACGAUGGCCAAAAAGGGUGGUCUGUUGGGUGGGGGCGGUAGCGAUGGUGGUGGUGGGAUGGUGAUGGUCGGUGGUGUCGGUGUGACCGGGGGCAGCAGCGGUGGUGCGCUCAGUGAAAAGUCGAGCGAUUCCGGCGUCAGCAGCAGCAGCCUGUCGUCCGGUCCGGCCAAGGGUAGCGGUGGUCUCUAG